GUGGCGGCGGGCGCGGAAGCCCGGGCCGCGCGGGACUGGCCGUCGGGGCCCCGGGACGGCGGCCCCGGGGACGCCCAUGCCAUGGAGAAGUUGGCGGCCGGGCUGGCGGGCCUGCGCUGGAGCAUGGGCGCCUUCCCGCUCGACCUCAUCGUCAGCCGCUGCCGCUUGCCCACGCUUGCCUGCCUCGGGCCAGGGGAGUAUGCUGAGGGCGUCAGUGAGCGAGACAUCCUGCUCAUUCACUCCUGCCGCCAGUGGACAACGGUGACAGCCCACACCCUGGAGGAGGGUCACUAUGUCAUCGGGCCCAAGAUUGACAUCCCCCUGCAGUACCCAGGGAAGUUCAAGCUCCUGGAGCAGGCCCGGGAUGUUCGGGAGCCAGUGAGGUACUUCAGCAGCGUGGAGGAGGUGGCCAGCGUCUUCCCUGAUCGCAUCUUUGUGAUGGAAGCCAUCACCUUCAGUGUCAAGGUGGUGUCAGGCGAGUUUAGCGAGGACAGCGAGGUGUACAACUUCACGCUGCACGCCGGCGACGAGCUCACUCUCAUGGGCCAGGCGGAGAUCCUGUGCGCCAAGACCACCAAGGAGCGCUCACGCUUCACCACCCUGCUGCGCAAGCUGGGCCGGGCCGGGGCGCUGGCCGGGGUGGGCGGCGGCGGCGGCGGCCCGGGGGGCACGGGGGCCGCGGGUGGCAGCGGGGGCGCCAGGCCCAUCAAAGGCAAGAUGCCCUGCCUCAUCUGCAUGAACCACCGCACCAAUGAGAGCCUGAGCCUGCCCUUCCAGUGCCAGGGCCGCUUCAGCACGCGCAGCCCGCUGGAGCUGCAGAUGCAGGAGGGCGAGCACACGGUGCGCGCCAUCAUCGAGCGCGUGCGGCUCCCGGUGAACGUGCUGGUGCCCAGCCGACCGCCGCGCAACCCCUACGACCUGCACCCGGUGCGGGAGGGCCACUGCUACAAGCUGGUCAGCAUCAUCUCCAAGACGGUGGUGCUGGGACUGGCGCUGCGCCGCGAGGGCCCGGCGCCGCUGCACUUCCUGCUGCUCACCGACACGCCGCGCUUCGCGCUACCGCAGGGCCUGCUGGCCGGGGACCCGCGUGUCGAGCGCCUGGUGCGCGACAGCGCCUCCUACUGCCGCGAGCGCUUCGACCCAGACGAGUACUCGACCGCCGUGCGCGAAGCGCCCGCCGAGCUGGCCGAAGACUGCGCCAGCCCGCGCCGCGCGCGCCUCUGCCUGCCCGCGCCCCCGCGCGCCCUCGGGCCCGCCCGCGCCCCCGCCUCCGGCCCCGGCCCGCCCGGCGACGGCGACCAGGAGUACGUGAGUCCCGACUGGGCCGGCGCGCCCGAGCCCGCCGCGCUGCCCGCCGAGAUCCCCUACGAGGAGCUGUGGACGCACCAGGCGGCCGAGGGCCUCGCCGAGGGCAGGACCCGGCCGCUCCCGGGGCCCGACCUCAUCUCCUUCGGGGCCGCUGGGCCGCCCCGCCUGGAGCCCGAGGCGGCCCCGCCUCCCCUGCCUCCCAAAUCCGAGGCGGUGAAAGAGGAGUGCCGCCUGCUCAAUGCCCCUCCUGUGCCCCCCCGAGGUGGCAGUGCCAAUGGCCGGCUCUCGGGCAGUCCCCCGGUGCCCCCACGCUUCCCCAGGCUGCAGCCUCUCCACUCCCCCAGCUCCAGCCUCUCCUACUACUCCUCUGGCCUCCAGGAUGGGGCGGGCUCCCGCAGUGGCAGUGGCUCUCCGUCACCGGAUACCUACUCCCUCUAUUGCUACCCAUGCACCUGGGGAGACUGCAAGGUGGGCGAGUCCCCCAGCCGCCCACCCCCGGGACCCCUGCCCUCGACUACGCAGCCCAGCCAGGCCUCCCGGGCCCUUGUAGAGCCCCUGAGCAGUGGAGCUCCCUCUCUCUGGGGGGCCGACACCCCUGUCAAGACCUACCACAGCUGCCCGCCUCCAUUCAAGCCCUCCCACCCCCAGAAACGCUUCGCUCCCCUUGGAGCUCUGAACCCCUUUUCUGGGCCUGCCUACCCCACAGGCCCUUCAGCCGCCUCCCCUUCUGGGCCCACAGCCAGCUCAGGUCCCCUGGCUACCUCCAGCCCCGCUCGUUCCCCGGGCCCGGGCCCUCCAGGCCAGGCCUAUUCGGCCGCUGCCUCCUCCUCCUGUCCCACCUCCUCCUCCCCUUCCUCUGAGUGCCAGACACCCGCCCUGGAGCCCUCUGAUCCCUUUGAGCUGGGCCGGGGCAGCUCUCCAGAGCCAGAGCUGCUGCGCUGUCAGGAGCUCAGAGCUGUGAGGGCUCCUGGGCCUGGGCCUGGCCUUCUGCCACUUGGACCCCCCAAGGCCUUUGAGCCUGAAGGUUUGGUGCUGCGGCAGGUCCCUGCCCCCCUGUCCCCCGUGGCCCUGCAGGGGCCCGAAGCAGGCAGAGCACGACUUCUUCUCACCCAGGGGCGCCUAGAAGGGCCUCCGGCCAGUCCCCGGGAUGGGGCCACAGGCUGGGGCGGCCGGGAUGCCUCCUCCUGGCAGCCCCCCGCUGACCUGUCUGCACUCUCCCUGGAGGAGGUCUCGCGAAGUCUGCGUUUCAUCGGGCUCUCGGAGGACGUGGUGAGCUUCUUUGCCCGAGAGCGCAUUGAUGGCAGCAUCUUCGUGCAGCUCAGUGAGGACAUCUUGGCAGAUGACUUUCACCUCACCAAGCUGCAGGUCAAGAAGAUCAUGCAGUUCAUCAAAGGCUGGCGGCCCAAGAUCUGACUUCCCUGCUCGGGGCUGCACAACUGGAAUUUUGGCCCGGAGGCCCUGGGGGGCCAGCCCUGGGUCUGCAGGGUGACGGCACUCCCAGAGGCGGGGCCUGCCUGCAGGAAGAACCUAUGCCAAGACUGAGGCUGCUAAGCAGCCACGGAGAGUGAGUCCAGGGGAGACACACUUGGAAACGGGGUCCUCUGGGCCAGAGCCCUGCAUGCAUCUUGGCUUUCAGUGUGCAGAGUACGCGGGGAAGGGGCUGGAGGCACCGGUGCACACCCGGGCCUGGUGACACAUUGCUGCGAUUCCCACGGGGGUUCAAAAGCGGGCCUUCAUGGUGACCUAACAGCCGCCUCCGUCUUGCUGCAGAGCUCCACUGACAGAUCGCACUUCAUAGCUUGUAGCUGCAGGCUGGAGACAAGGGAAGAUGGUCCAUGAUCUAAGCACAAAUUCCCCAAGUGCCCGCUCUCCUCUGUGCUCUGUGGGCUUUUGGCCUAGCUGCCCCAGAGUCGGGGUGCCGAUUUCUGUAUCUCGGGGAUGCCCUCCUUUCCCCUCUGCUCCGCCGUGUGUUGGGUCCCUGGCCCCGAGCACAGGUGUAUCAAGUACAAGCCUGUGCCACCACACCUCAGAGGCUCCACCUGUGGGUUCUGGUUCUUGGGUGAUGGCUUUGGAAGAGCACAGCUCUGCUCUUGACCUGCUUAUCUAGUUACGGAGGCAGAUGCUGCCCCAUGUCUCCAGCGCACUGGCUUCUGCCGCGAGCUCACCGCAACUAGCCCUCCAUCCUGCCUGUUGGGUCCAGCCCACGAAGACUCUGACUCUGUGGAAGAGCAGGUGGAUUGAGGGCAGCUGCUCCCUGAUUCUUGAGGCAAGUGGCCUUCCAUCGCUCCCAUCCGUCUCCUGCCCCAUCACUUGACCCUGGCAAACACAUGGUGUCCUUUCCUGGUUUUCUGUCACUGGCACAAGUGGGAUGGGGAGGAAAGAGAAAGCACGAUGGCUUGGGAAAACCUGCAUUUUUCCUCGGAGCUCAGUCCUCUCGCACUUGUUCACCUGCUUCAAAGCAGGUCCUUGUGCCCUGUAUCUUGAGCACGGUGAUCUGCCAGCACCCAGAGAAGGUUGGCUGUCGUGUCCAACCACCACCCCCCACCCCGUGCUCUUCCCCAUCUCACCUACCAGAAGCACACUAAUUCUCCUAGUGUCAGGCCCAGGGGUAUCUGCCUUACCGAGAUAUUUAUCUCCUCUGUUUUUCUAUCUUGAGAGGAGCGAAGCCGUGCUGUUGCUCGUGCCCCAAGCAGGCUGCCCCAGCGCUGAGGGAAGGGGAGUCAGGAAGUAGAGCACAGAAACUGGGAUGCUGAGACGUUGGGUUUCCUUGCCGAUCACUCAGUGAAUCCUCAAGGGCUAGUGAAAUAAAUGCUAGACCACUGAAGAGUA